CUUCCCAGUGCUUGGAGAUAACGUUGGCGGAACAGCUGAAACUCUUAUUGACCAAAAGACAGACAGCCCAUUUAUUUCACUUCUUUUUGUUUGCGCUACUGCUUCGAGCUUUACUUGUAAGGGCUGAAAAAACCUCGAAAAAUAAAAUGCACAUGCUGUGGUCUUGAACAUAAUUUUUAUUUUUGUUUUUUUGUGGAAGAAAAGUUAAAAGUGCCAGAGUCCAAGCCAGAAUGGCAUCCAGAGAGAGGCUCUUUGAACUUUGGAUGCUUUAUUGUACAAAGAAAGAUCCAGAUUACCUGAAGUUAUGGUUGGACAGUUUUGUUUCUAGCUAUGAACAGUUCUUAGAUGUUGACUUUGAGAAGCUGCCUACCAGGGUAGAUGACAUGCCUCCUGGAAUACCUCUGCUUCCUGAUAACAUUCUGCAGGUUCUGAGGGUCCAGCUGCUGCAGUGUGUUCAGAAAAUGGCAGACGGCUUAGAGGAACAACAACAAGCCUUGUCACUUUUGCUGGUGAAGUUCUUCAUUAUUCUCUGCAGAAAUCUAUCUAAUGUGGAAGAAAUUGGGACUUGCUCAUAUAUCAAUCAUGUUAUCACCAUGACAACACUCUAUAUUCAGCAAUUAAAAAGCAAAAAAAAAGAGAAGGAAAUGGCAGAUCAGACAGCAAUUGAAGAAUUUGUAAUCCAUGCAUUGGCAUUUUGUGAAAGUUUAUAUGAUCCCUAUCGGAACUGGAGACAUAGAAUUUCAGGACGAAUCCUUAGUACUGUGGAAAAGAGCAGACAGAAAUAUAAACCAGCUUCUCUCACAGUGGAGUUCGUCCCUUUCUUUUAUCAAUGUUUUCAGGAAAGUGAACAUCUCAAGGAAAGCCUUAAGUGUUGCCUGUUGCAUCUCUUCGGAGCCAUUGUCGCUGGUGGGCAGAGGAAUGCUUUGCAAGCGAUUUCUCCAGCCACCGUGGAAGUGCUUAUGAGAGUUUUGGCCGAUUGUGAUUGUUGGGAGGAUGGAGACCCUGAAGAAGUGGGUAGGAAGGUAGAACUAACUCUCAAGUGCCUUACAGAAGUGGUACACAUCCUUCUGACGAGCAGCUCUGAUCAGCGUCAGGUGGAAACCAGCACGAUUCUGGAGAACUACUUUAAGUUGCUGAAUUCAGAUCAUUCAGCUUUACCUAAGCAAAAGAGGUCCAGACACUGGGAAAGCCGGUUCAUAGCGCUACAGAUCAAGAUGCUGAAUACCAUCACAGCCAUGUUAGAUUGCACAGAUAGGCCUGUUCUGCAGGCCAUUUUUCUGAACAGCAAUUGCUUUGAACACCUCAUACGACUGCUGCAGAACUGCAAGCUAUUUUUAAAUGCUAACAAUAAGGUGGCAGACAAGAACGAGAAAGACCUUGCCAACAAAUUACUGACAGAAAUGAAUGAGGACAAGGUGUUUCAGGGGCAGUUGGAUUGUUUGGCUGUAUCAACCAUUCAGGCUUUGACAGCAGUGAUGAAUAAAUCUCCAGCUGCUAAGGAAGUUUUUAAAGAAAGAAUUGGUUAUACACACAUGUUUGAGGUAUUAAAAUCCCUGGGUCAGCCACCACUGGAACUGCUCAAAGAACUCAUGAACAUGGCUGUCGAGGGUGACCACACUUCAGUUGGAAUUUUGGGCAUAAGUAACGUCCAGCCCCUCUUGCUUCUUAUCCAAUGGCUUCCAGAGCUAGAGUCCCAUGACCUGCAAAUCUUCAUUUCUGAUUGGCUGAAAAGAAUUUGUUGUAUUAAUAGGCAGAGUCGAACUACUUGUGUGAAUGCAAACAUGGGAAGUCGGAUUAUUGCAGCCCUUGAUUCCCAUUCUUCCCUCCAUCGAGCUUGUGCUGAGAACUUGAUUGCCCUCCAUGGUUCCUUGGGGAGUCAGUCAGUGAGCUCAGAAGAGAUCCAUCAGCUACUAAGACUACUACGAUUGGAUGAAUCUAAGUGUAUUCACCCGUACACCAUUCCUGUGACUCGAGCAAUCUUGAUGAUGGCCCGGAAACAAAGCCUUGAGAGUGCACUGCAGUAUUUUAAUUUGUCACAUAGUAUGGCAGGAAUUUCUGUGCCGUCCAUACAGAAAUGGCCAGGCUCUGCCUUUUCUUUCAAUGCUUGGUUUUGCUUAGAUCAGGACCAGUUGUUGACUCCCAGCCUUGCUAAUAAAGGAGGAAAAAGAAAGCAACUAUACAGUUUUUUUACAGGAAGUGGUAUAGGUUUUGAAGCUUUCAUUACCCACGCGGGUAUGCUGGUUGUGGCAGUGUGCACCAAAAGAGAGUACACCACGGUUAUGCUCCCGGACCACAGUUUCUGUGAUUCCCUGUGGCACAACAUAACCAUUGUGCAUAUGCCUGGGAAAAGGCCCUUUGGUCAGAGCCUCGUCUAUAUCUACGACAACGGACAACAGAAGGUCUCUGCCCCUCUCCGAUUUCCUGCCAUGAAUGAACCUUUUACCUCCUGUUGCAUUGGCUCUGCUGGGCAGAGAACCACAACUCCUCCACCAUCCCAAAUCCCAGAUCCACCCUUUUCUUCCCCUAUUAUACCUCAUCGGACUUCGUUUGGUGGAAUCCUUGCAUCAACCUCCUGGGGAGGUACCAGUGAAAAAUCUAAACUGGUUACCAAAUUGAUAUCAGCUGGGACCCAAGACAGUGAAUGGGGAUGCCCUACUUCUCUAGAGGGUCAGCUGGGCUCUGUUAUCAUCUUCUAUGAAGCACUACAGCCUGCUCAGGUGAAGGCAUUGUAUUUAGCAGGUCCAAACUGUUUAAGCCCAUGGAACUGCCAGGAGCCCGACUUAACUGAUCUGCCUGGCAACGUCCUCCUGCACUAUACACCAAAGGCCUGCAAAAAUCCAAUCUGUCUAGAUUUAUCUGCUAAUUGUUUGCAUGGAAGGUUAACAGGAAACAAAGUAGUGAACUGGGACAUUAAGGACAUCAUAAACUGCAUAGGUGGAUUAAAUGUACUCUUUCCUUUGUUGGAACAAAUCAGCCAGUGGAGUGAAGGACAGAUCCCUGAUGGAAUGAACGAAAGCACAGUUUCUGAAUUGAUAACACCUGUAGAAGGAGAUUGGGUGGUACUGAGCUCCACCAAAACAUCAGAAUCAAGGCUAGAGAGAAACUUAGUUGCAACAUUUAUUUUGAUUGUGAAGCACUUUAUUCAGAGACAUCCUAUCAACCAAGACAAUCUUACUCACUCCCAUGGAGUUGCGACUCUUGGUGUCCUGCUUCAGAAGGUGCCAAGCACCUUGAUGGAUGUAAAUGUAUUGAUGGCAAUUCAAAUAUUAAUCGAGCAGGUAUCAUUAGAGAAAAAUGUGCAGCUUUUGCAACAAAUGUAUCAGUUUUUACUUUUUGACUUUCGAAUUUGGAACCGUGGAGAUUUUCCUCUUCGAAUUGGUCACAUACAAUAUCUUUCUACCAUUAUCAAAGACAGCAGGAGAGUUUUUCGAAAGAAAUAUGGUGUUCAGUUUCUUCUGGAUACAAUUCGGAUUUAUUAUGGGAGUGGCUGCAAAUACAACGAGCUGUCUCUAGAUGAUAUUCGGACAAUAAGGACAUCUCUAUAUGGACUCAUUAAAUAUUUUCUCAGCAAAGGUGGAACUCAUGAAGAAAUACAAAGUAUUAUGGGCUACAUAGCGGCUACUAAUGAAGAAGAACAGCUCUUUGGGAUUUUGGAUGUACUCUUCAGUCUCCUGCGUACCAGCCCAACCAGAGGUCAGCUUUUCUUACUGCUCUUUGAACCAGGAAAUGCUGAUAUACUUUAUGCCUUGCUCUUAAAUCAGAAGUACUCUGACAGACUAAGAGAAAUCAUUUUCAAGGUUAUGGAACAAAUGUUGAAAUGCACGAAUGUUUAUGAAAGAAGCAAACAGCGUAUUCGACUCAGAGAAAUUGGCUACUCAGGAUUGGGACUCCUUCUCAGUGAAGCACCCAUUAACACCUCUCUCAUUAAAAACCUUACCAAUCAGAUCAUAAAUACAGAUCCUGUCAUUAAUUUCAAAGAUCUAUUAUCUGUGGCAUAUAUCUCUCACAGAGCCUGUGUAAAUGUCAGAAUGGUCGUCUGCAGAAAGAUUUUACAAAUUUUGCAGUCCCAGCCAGAUGCAGCCUAUCAGAUAUCACAGCAAGUGGGUUGGCAGGACACCUUAGUUAGGCUUUUAUUAAAAGCCAAUUUUGAAAAUGGAAAUAUUCUUAAUAAGCAUAGUAGGAUGAAAGACAAUGACAAAAAUAUUGCAGCGGAAGAUCUCAAGAGGAAUUUUGAUGAAAAGGCAGAUGAUGAAAAAAUGAACUCUUUUGCAUCUGCAAAUGUGUCUUCUGACCGGUGGAGUUUGGAGGACAGACUCUCUUUAGACUCGAACACUCCAAUAUUUCAAGAAGAUAGCUCCGUGGGAGAAUUGUCUUUCAAGUCAGAGAAUCAAGAAGACUUCUGGAAUAGUAACCCUUCACACCUGAGUUUAGAUCUCAGUGGAGUUGACGCAUGUGAACUGAGUGAUAGUGGCGGUCAUGUGCCUGACAGCCUGCCUAGCACACCAUCCCCAGUAGAAUCGACGAAAUCAUUUGGUGGGCAUUCUGAUUCUAAAGAAAGUAGCAACGCCAAUGAUGCAGGCUUUAGUGAUGACUUCUUACUUGAAAACCAAGAGAAAUGUGAGGAGGAACUUGUUCAUUUACUAACAAAUAUUUUGAAUUAUAUAAUGUGUAAGGGACUAGAAAAGUCUGAUGAUGAUACUUGGAUUGAAAGGGGACAAGUGUUUUCUGCUCUAACUAAACCAGGAAUAUCCAGUGAGUUACUUCGACCUCCAGAUGAAAUAAAAUUAAUUUUGCUACAGAAAAUGUUAGAAUGGGCAGUCACAGAAAACAGAGAAGCAAAAGUGAAUCCAGGAGUUGCUGAAAAUGCCUUCAGACUCAUGCUGAUCACACAGGACUUUCUGCAGUCAGAGGGACUAAUUAAUUCAAACAUAUGGACUGAAAAGCUUCUAGAGGAUAUAAUACUGCUCUUCGACUGUCUGUCAGUGUGGUAUACUGAGAGUCCUGAGUGGGUAAAGCUCUCUCAAAUUCAGAUCCAGUUGCUUCUAGAAUUCAUUGGCAAGGGUAAAUUGCAGGUAUGUGCUAUGGCAUCAGCAAAGCUAAACACACUCCUUCAGACCAAAGUGAUUGAAAAUCAGAAUGAAGCAUGCUAUAUUUUAGGAAAGCUGGAAAGUGUUCUAAGUCAGUCAAUCAAGGAACAGACUGAAAUCUACUCCUUUCUCAUUCCGCUGGUUCGCACCCUGGUUUCCAAAAUCUAUGAACUGCUCUUCAUGAACCUGCACCUGCCUUCUUUACCGCUUGCCAGUGGUAGCUCCUCAUUUUUUGAAGAUUUCCAAGAAUAUUGCAGUUCAAAUGAGUGGCAAGUUUACAUAGAAAAAUAUAUUGUGCCUUCCAUGAAGCAGUAUGAAAUCCGUACGUUCUGUGAUGGUCGUGGGAACAUGGCAGUCUUUUGGAAAGAUUGUUAUGAAGCCUUAAUGGUGAAUAUGCAUAAACGAGAUCGGGAAGGAGGAGAAAGCAAACUGAAAUUCCAGGAUUCUUUUGUGGGGCCAUUUAACCGAAAAGCACGGCAAGAAAGCAUGAGGUAUAAUAAUAUGCUUAAACAACUUAGCAGCCAGCAGUUGGCUACUCUGAGACGCUGGAAGGCGGUACAGCUCUAUCUGACAUGUGAAAGGGGACCUUGGGCUGAAAGGAAGGAGAACCCAAGUCACUGGAAACUAACUAAUGUAGAAAAUUAUUCCCGUAUGAGACUUAAAUUGGUGCCGAAUUAUAACUUCAAAACCCAUGAGGAAGCUAGUGCUUUGAGAGAUAAUCUAGGAAUCCAGCACUCACAGCCUUCCAGUGAUUCCUUACUUUUGGAAGUCGUGAAACAAGUAAAAGUUAGUGAUGUGGAAGAGGAUAGAUUAGACCUUCCUGAAGAUGACACAACAAACAGAGUAAAUAUUGAUGAGAAAGAAGAACAAGAUCAAAAAGAAAAAUUGGUGUUGAUGGAAGACUGUGAACUUAUUACAGUAGUUGAUGUGAUUCCUGGAAGAUUAGAAAUCACUACUCAACAUAUUUACUUCUAUGAUGGAAGCAUUGAAAAAGAAGAUGGAGUAGGUUUUGAUUUCAAGUGGCCUCACUCCCAAGUUCGAGAGAUUCACCUGCGGCGUUACAAUUUAAGGAGGUCAGCCCUUGAAAUUUUUCAUGUCGACCAAUCCAACUACUUUCUCAAUUUCAGAAAAGAGGUUCGAAACAAAGUAUACAGCAGACUACUAUCGCUUCAUUCUCCAAAUACUUACGGAGCCAGAUCACCACAGGAGGCUUUCAAAGCAUCAGGAUUGACACAGAAAUGGGUGAACAGAGAGAUAUCAAAUUUUGACUACCUCAUUCAAAUAAAUACAAUCGCAGGACGAACUUACAAUGACCUUGCACAAUACCCUGUGUUUCCUUGGAUUUUACAAGACUAUACUUCAGAAGAGUUGGACCUUAAUAAUCCAGCUGUAUUUCGAGAUCUCUCCAAACCAAUUGGGGUUGUUAAUGAUAAAAAUGCCAAAGCCAUGAGGGAAAAGUAUGAAAAUUUUGAGGAUCCACUGGGAACUAUUGACAAAUUUCACUAUGGUACUCACUAUUCAAAUUCUGCGGGGGUGAUGCAUUACCUUAUUCGUGUAGAGCCAUUCACCACCCUUCACAUCCAGCUUCAGAGUGGAAGGUUUGACUGUGCAGACAGGCAGUUCCACUCCAUCCCUGCUACCUGGCAAGCUCUUCUGGAUAAUCCUUAUGAUGUGAAGGAGCUUAUUCCUGAAUUCUUCUACUUCCCAGAAUUCUUGGAAAAUAAAAAUCAGUUUAACUUGGGCUGUCUGCAAGCUUCUAGAGAAGUAGUGAAUGAUGUCAUUCUCCCCAAGUGGGCUAAGUCAGCUGAGGAUUUUAUCUAUAAACAUCGGCGAGCUCUGGAGUCUGAGCAUGUCUCUGCUCACCUUCAUGAAUGGAUAGAUUUGAUCUUUGGCUACAAGCAGAGGGGACCAGCCGCAGUGGAAGCACUCAACGUAUUCUACUACUGUAGCUAUGAAGGAGCUGUGGAUCUGGAUGCCUUAACAGAUGAGAAAGAAAGAAAAGCCUUAGAAGGCAUGAUUAAUAAUUUCGGACAAACACCUUGUCAGCUGUUAAAGGAACCACAUCCUCCUAGAUUAUCAGCAGACGAAGCAUUGCAAAAGCAGACCAGAACAGACACAUCAACCCUUAACUUGUUUCAGCACCUCCCUGAACUCAAGUCAUUUUUUAUAGAGGGAAUUAGUGAUGGUAUCCCACUAAUCAAGGCCAUUGUUCCCAAAAAUCAGUCUCGUUCUUUUAUGUCUCAGGGCAGCCCUGAGUUACUGAUAACAAUAAGCAUGAAUAACGUUAUUGGAACCCACGGAUGGCUGUCUUACGACAGAAACAUUUCAAAUUACUUUACAUUCAUCAAAGAUCAGACUGUGACAAAUCCUAAUUUUGACAUUGUGACUUGCUUAGCUACAGAUUACUGUGGAAUACAUUUGAUUUCUGGUUCCAGAGAUACUACAUGCAUGAUCUGGAAAAUAACACAGCAGGGAGGAGUUCCUGUGGGCUUAGCAUCGAAGCCCUUCCAGAUCCUCUAUGGGCACACCGGGGAAGUACUGAGUGUUGCUGUCAGCACUGAAUUAGACAUGGCAGUGUCAGGGUCAAGGGAUGGCACUGUGAUCAUACACACCAUUCAGAAAGGUCAGUACAUGAGGACUUUACGACCACCUUGUGAGAGCGCUCUGCUCCUGACCAUUCCUUGUUUAGCUAUAUCUUGGGAAGGACAUACUGUCGUCUACUCUAGCAUUGAAGAAAAGACCACCCUCAAGGAUAAGAAUACAUUGCACCUGUUUUCUGUAAAUGGCACAUACUUAAGGUCUCAAAUUCUGAAAGAGCAGGUAUCAGAUAUAUGUAUAAUUGGAGAACAUAUUGUCACGGGCAGCUUACAAGGGUUCCUGUCCAUAAGAGAUCUCCACAGUUUGAGUCUCAGCACCAGCCCAUUAGCCAUGCGGCUGCCCAUCCACUGUCUGUGUGUAACCAAAGAGUACAGCCAUAUUCUUGUAGGACUAGAAGAUGGCAAACUGAUUGUCGUGGGUGUGGGCAAGCCAGCGGAGACGCGUACAGGUCAGCUUUCUCGAAAGUUGUGGGGAUCUAGCAAGCGGCUCAGCCAGAUUUCAGCUGGAGAAACUGAAUAUAAUACUCAAGAUUCCAAGUGAUCUUUAUUUCCGUCUUCUCUUAUGGAUAACUAAACUUGAUUUAUUGCUGUGUCACUUUAACCAUAUCUCUCAGCUAUCUAAAAUAUUUUAGGGAUUUUAUGCUUGAGAAUUAUUUAGGGAUUACCAAAAUUUGAUAUAUGAUAUAUUUAUAAAUAUGUAUUAUCAUCCAUGUAAAAUUCUUCAGUCAGUAACUGAAUCCAAUUUUAACGAAUUCUUGGUAUGUACUAAUGUGGAUGUGAGAAAAUACAUUUGAUUAGAUUUAGUGACUUAUUCCUAAGAAUUACUCGUCUAUUUAUUAAAAUGAAAUUAGGCCUAGUUCGAUUAGUCUAAACAGCAAAAUAUAAGGUAUUUGUAGUAAAAAGUACAAGUGACUGAGAUAUUUGAGAGACAUGGUUUUGAAUACAUUCUUUAGUCAAUUAUUUUCCUUAUUUGCUGAGCACCAUAUAAAAAACAUGUCUAUUUUUUUAAUGAAAAUCCUGAUUGAAAGUAAUAUUUUGAAGGCAUCAGUUGUGCAUUUGGAGUUUCAAUUUUAGUAUAAAUUCCUAGUGUUCAUGGUAAUAUGAAAAUUAGAAUAUUUCUACUACAUUAAUUCAUCCCACCAAUACUUAGUACAUUACUAUGAAGAAUUUAUUAAAAAAUACUAUCCUUCAUUAAUGAAGUUUGAUGAGGAAUAAAAUUAACAAGAUAUAUUGUAAAGACGUAGUUCAUUUUAGAUUAUAAUUAAGCAAAAACGCUGGUUGUGAUUUUGACAGGUAGCAUUUAUAGCACAAUCUAUAUUACAAAGUUUGAAAUAUUUUGGCUUUUUUUUUCCUAAGCAAAUAUUGUGGUAUUCCCCAAUAAUUGGAAGUGCUAAUAACAAUAUCCAUCUAUGUCACGUUUUUACCUAUGACUUCUGUGUAAUUGAAGAGUUAAUUGAAAAGAUCUGCAUAACUUAAAACUAGUCAGAUACAGGGUUUUUUAAAAUAGGAAAUUCUUUUUCAUGCUAUGUUGAACUAAUUAUAUAUAGGAAAAUGUUACAUUAUGUAUUUAAGAUUUUAAAGUGAAGGUUGAUUUAUGUAAUUUGAAAUUCAAAGAAAUUCUUACACGUUGUGUUUUCAUAAGGUCAUCUUUUGAGUUAGUGCAGGGAACUUUUUUUUUAAGCAGGGAACUUUUAAGAGAAUGAGUGUUCUUAAUCUGAGGUGUCCUGGGUUUGGGGGAUUUUAUGCAUCCCUGAAAGUGUGUAGAAAUUUUGUAUGUCAACUCUGCUUUCAGAGAAUAAAGGGGCCUGGUACUAAAUACACACACAGAAAGAAGAAUAAGAAUAACCUGUACAAUAACACCUGCUUAAAAUAACAAUACUCUUUUCUAUUCCGUGUGUCAUAAUUUUCUAAAGUCCAAUUGUCUUCUCAAUUAAAGGUUCAAUACAUUUUCUCUGCAGUUCAGCUUUCUAUUGAGCACAGUAUCUUCAAUUUUUUUCUUUAUAAUCUUCUGAGUGUGUAACAUAAUUUUUGAAAGUAACGCAUUCUGUUUAAGGAAGUCCUUUUGUUAAUAGUAGAUUUUGUUUAUUAGGAGUCAGGGCUAGUUAUUUUCUUUAAAAAAUUAAAUCUUAUGUUUUAAAAAAAUCUUAUGUUUCAUUUAAUAGAUGUGUUUUUGAGAAAUAAACUAAUUCAGGGAGUGUAAAAUAUAACAUACAAGGGUCUUCAAUAAGUUCAUGGAAAAUUCCAGUUUCUUGUCCCCUUUUCCAUGAACCUUUUGUAACCCUGUUGUAUGUACAUUGGAAGGUUUCCUCUUUGAGUCCUUCAAGAAUUUGUAUUAACAAAAGCCUCAGAACAAGUCCCUAGAAGUAAGUAUAUUUAUAAGUAUGACAGAUUGCUUCUAGUAGUUUAUUGUACUUGGUAUGCAUUUUUAUUUUAUAGUUUCUUUUGGGAUUUCACAUCAACAUAACCACCAAAAUUGACAUUUGUCUUUUAAACUAAUUGCUUUUAAGGCCUAAGUGAAAACUUUGAAAAUCUUCACAUUAUUUGUUCAGAGAUUUGGUCAUAAGAAUGUCUUCUUUAUUCUCCUUGCCUGAGGUCACUUAAUAAUGAUUUUGAUGGGUUUUUUUGUUGCUUUAUAGGCAAAAAAACAAACAAACAAACUCAGAUUUCCAGUGAAAACACCCUAAGUUUGUGCUGUUUGACUCUGCUGCUUUUUAGGUUGAGAAACUGAACAAGCAGUAUUCAUUGUUUAGCAAAAUAGGAAGUAGUUUCAUUCACAGUAGAAUCAUAUUUCAACUAUAGUAGUAGUACUGCAUGUUCCCACCGGUGGAAUUAUUCUUUUCAUUCUUCCCAAGGUUUUGAAAUGUGAAAUUUUAACCAAAAGUCUUUGAAAAUAGCAGCACUCUAAAAGAAUGGACUUAAAAGUUAUCUCUUAAUUAAGUAAGUACAGUAGUACAGUUAGCUUACUAAUUGUUAGGGUUUCUCCAGUUUGCAAAAGUUGAACAUUCCUAUGAUCUCUCUGUAAAGGGAAAAAGCAAUUAUCGUUAGUUUAUAUGGGAAAACAUUUUAAGCAUAUUCAGACGCAAAAAUAACCUACCAAAUCAUACCAAAGAACACAUUAACCCUAAAGUAACCCAACACCGAAUGCUGACAGACACAGUGCAGAGCUUGAUGCCCAGUGUGGUAUGGGAAAGGUGUUUGGCUGAUUUUGCCCCAACCCCACCCUCCUUCACUGUUGAGGAUGCAUGGCUGUCACCUUUUAAUAGCUCACUGCAAAACACUGAAAGCUGCUUUUGCUUCUCUCUGUGUGUGUACAAUAUGGAAAACCCUCUCAGGCUUUCUUUAAGCUAAUGAACAGAGGCACAAAUGUAGGUCUUCUGUAAAAGCCAACUGUGCUGCAAAGCAGACUUUGGCAAAGCAGGGGAUCCUUUCCCCCCCUCUUAAAUGAGAAAGCCCACAAAAGUCACAAACAUUAGAUAAAACCAUUAGAAACAUGCGCUUUUGGGGAGUGUAUUUAGAUGCUAUCUGUGGAAAUUUUUUCUAUAUUGUUAUAUGAAAAAAUUAGUAUUUAUUCCAGUGGGGAUUUUAGUUGAUGAAUAUAAUAUCUCAACUUGGCUGUUAUAAAAUUGUUGUCUGGGCAGGAGUUUUCACCAAUUUUUGUUUCUGGCCACUAGCUAUUAUGGAAAUAAAAGAUCUUAGCAUCCUGGUCUUACAGGAGAGAUAUAUUUUAAGAUACUUUUAGAAAGUGAGAACAAGUUAUUAGAGCAUAUAGCUGUGCUCAUUCAGAUAAUAACAAAGUUUUAUUUAAAUUUUUUUCAACUUCUCAUUCAAUAUCCUGUCAUUCCUUCAUGAAACUGGAGGAGCAAAGGAAAAGUAGAUCAGAGCAUCAGAAAUGUGUAAAAGUGAAACUUGACCAGUUUUUAAAUUCUCUUUUAUGCCUAUGGAGUUCAAGUCAGCCAGGAAGAAGUUUCUGUUUGCUUCUUUAAGUUUACCAUGCAUCUGUUUGUAGCAGAAAAUGCCAAUUCAUUUUGUCGUAAUCAAGAAUAUCAGUAAGGCUUCAUUUUUUCCUCUAUUUUAAGACAUAGAAGAAUUAUCCUAUAAAGAACUUUCGGUACUGAGAAUUCAUUUUAUGCUUCUGAAAGAAAGGACUGUGUACUCAUAAUUAGUUAGAAUAUAGAUUUGAAGGUUGAAUCUUAACUUAAAACUCCUUUUAUUUUGCUUGAGUGGAAGUAGGCAGAGAAAAUUACUAACUUGGACACUAGAUUUUUAUUUAGUAAUGAUAGACAUCUUCACUGUACAUUUUAUAUUAUUACUAAAUAAAUCACUAAUGGAAUAUUUUAGUUGAAUUUAAAGAGGUUAUCUUCUAUUUAUAUAUUUAUAUUUAUUAUGUAAGUUACAUUGUCUUUACCAUCGUUGAAAAGCUAUAAGUGUAUGGAAUAUAUUAAAUAUGAAUAUUAAAUAAUAUACAAUAUAUGUGUGUGUAUAAAAGUUGCCCACUUCAUAUAUAUUGUAAAAUCUACCUUGCAUAAAUAUCUUCAAGAUUUAGCAUAUAAUUUUUUUACAACAUAUAAUUAUUGACUGGGACAUAAGAAAUGAAAUAUAAUAUUACCAUUUCCAAACCUAGUCUCUCAGGUUUUUCUGAAUCAACUAGACAUAUAGGUUGUUCCAAUUAUGGUUCCUCUUAAUAAUUAAGACUUUUUUCUCCCAAUAAAUGACCAAUAUCAUUUUUACAAAUAUCCAUUCUAAAUGUUCUCUAAUAUAAUUAGCAUUUGAUUUGUUUUUAACUUUGACCUCAUCUAGAACAUUGACAUUAGAUAAGCAAUAGAGUAUUAACUGUCACAAUUUUCAUUUUAAUAUGAUUUACUAUGUUUACUUGACCACACUCUUUUAUUUGAACCUACUAUUUUAUUAAUUGUACAUGGCAAUCAGACUUGUCUAUAGAGGUUUAGAAAUUUAUAGAUGUCUAGGCAUUAGUCUGGACUUCUGGAAUUUCUUUGCUGGAUUAUUCAUAAUACUGUUCAAAAAUAUAUUUUCCUUUAUAGAAAUUAUGCCCAUCUUUCUAAAUCAGAUAAAACAUACACAGGCUUAUUUGAAAAAUUGAACAUAUUAAAAUAUUCGUAGGCUUAAUCAUUAACUUAUAUUUUGUCUAAAAAUUUAUUCGAAUGGGUCUGUUAUUUUUGGGGGCAGGCCACAGAAACUAAAUUUCCUUUUUAGUUUCUUUAUUCUUUUUUUGUUUGUUUUUUAUUCUUAUUUAUUAACUCUCUUCAGACCUUUUGCCUUUGAAUUUUAACUAAUACUUGCCUUUUAGGAAAGUGUGUCUCUUUCCUAAUGGCUGAUUAGUUUGUACAUUUAGGUAAUAUUUUAAAGUAUUAAUAAAAAACAUAAGUAAUAACAAUGUAAAACAGAAAUAUAUCUUUUAUAGACUUGAAGUGUGUAAUAUAUAGAACUUUCAUAAUUCGAAAACAUUGGGAGACUUCUCCAAAUAUUUCUGAUGCAUUUUAUGUUUACAACUUCUAUAUGAAAAUAUUCUUUAAUGUUUCAUAUGGAAAAGUCAUGUAGGAAAUAAUACAUUAACAUUUAUUUAGGCCUCAAUUAGAGCCCUGGUGGAGUAGUGAGUAUGUGUUAAGCGUAUACUCAAACUUCAGGGUCAGCAGUUUGAAACAGCCAGUUGCUCUGCAGGAGUAAGGUGACGCUCUCUACUCCUAUAAAAAGU